CCUCCUAGGCCCUCCUCCCUACUUUUUAUAUUAGCCCCCUCCCCCAGUCCCUCCUCCCUACUUUUUAUCUUAGCCUGCUGGACACACUCUCCUCAUUCCUGAAGAAGGGCUCAUGCCCGAAACGUCGACUCUACUGCUCUUUGGAUGCUGCUUGACCUGCUGCGCUUUUCCAGCAAUACUGACAAAGUGAGGGCGACGCCGAGAUCACAGACAUCUCGGUGUGCAUUCAGUGUGAACUACACGGAGAAAUUCGCCCCCUCCACGGAAACAGUGCAGGAGAAAACCGAACACAACUAAAGACAAAGAAGUGACAUCGCGAGAGGAGCUACGAGCCCUCUGGCCCCUCCCCCCUUUCUGAGGAGGGUUCUCUGGAAUCAUUGGGCAGUCAGACGGGGAAAGCAGUGAGAGACACAGAGGGAGGAUGGGAGGAGCCAGCUCCAGAGAUCAAGAAGCUGAAACUUCAUACCAUUUGGAAAAUGCAACAGCGGAAUCUUCAAACUCUUCAUUCUUCACUGAUGAAGAGCUCACUAAACUCAAGUCUGAUUAUGAAUCAGGUGGAGUUGAAAAGGUUAAAACAGUGGUACAGCAGAAAAUAACUGAACUGGACAAUACCGAGCUUAAUGUUGCAGUAACAGGAGGAUCAGGUGCAGGGAAAUCUUCCUUCAUCAAUGCGAUGAGGGGACUUCAGUUCAAUGAUGAGGGAGCAGCUGAAGUUGGUAACAUAGAAACCACAAUGGAGCCAACGGGAUACAAACAUCCCAACCUGCCAAAUGUUUGUUUCUGGGAUCUGCCAGGAAUUGGAUCCCUGGAAAUGCCACUGAAUAAAUACCUGAAGGAAAUGAAAUUUAACAAAUAUGAUUUUGUCGUUAUUAUCUCAGCCUGUCGAUUCACAGAAAAUGACUCAAAACUUGCCAAAGAGAUCAAACGGCUUGUGAAGAAUUUCUAUUUUGUUCGAUCUAAAAUUGAUAAUGAUCUUGAUUCAAACAGAAAGGGAGGGAAGCAAUUUAAUGAAGAGGAAGAACUGAAGAAGAUCAGGAAUGACUGUGUCAGCAAGCUGCAAAGGACAGGGAUCCCAUCACCCAGAGUGUUCCUGAUAUCAAACUUUGACCUGAAUCUGUACGAUUUUAGUCUGUUAAAUAAAGCUCUGGAAGAUGACCCUACAAAUAUUAUGAAAAAUAUGUACAUCCUCGCCCUUCCAAAUUUAAACUCAGAGAUUGUGGAGAAGAAAAGGAAAGAGCUAAGGAAACGAAUCUGGAUGUUGGCAAUACUUUCUGGGGUAAUUGGGGUAGUGCCAGUUCCUGGAGUCUCCCUGGGCUGUGACAUUAGGAUAGUAAUUGGAGAAAUAGUACGUUUCCAACAAUGUCUGGGUCUGAAUGAUUCAUCUCUUCAAAGUCUGGCCAAAAGGGCAGGGAAAUCUGUGGAGGAUCUGAAAGCAGUGGUGACAACUCCCCUGGUCGGGGGGGAGAUAACCCCUGAUGUCAUAAACAGAUUGGCCUGGGGUGCUGCUGCUGAGACUGUUCCAACAAUUGAGCUUGCCGUUUGGUUGAUCCCAGUGAUUGGUCCCAUCUUCGUAGCAGCGUCUUCGUUCCUUAUGACCUACAAACUGCUGAGUGGUGCACUGGAUGAUCUUACAGAGAGUGCACAGAAAGUGGUGAUGGCUGCAUUUGGGACCGAAAAAUGAUCCAAACCAAACAUCGGUGCAGUGAGUGAAUACUGGAGCUGGUGGGUAAAUGGGAUCUAGCCCUCAGCGUCGAUGCAAGCCUGCUCUAAAGUAUUCCUUUGUUACUGAACUCAUUUGUGAAAAUAUUCCUCCCUGACAUCAAGGAAAUGUUAUUGCAGAACAAUAUAUUUUUCAAAGUGUAAGUUCAGGAGAAUUUUAGACUCCAAUUAAUUUCAUGUCUUCCCUGCGCCCAGGCUGCCCCUUCAUUAAAUACAAAUUUAAAUAAAUGUCCCUCGCUGCUGGAAUCAUCCAGCACAGGAUGCAUCGAUUCAGCCCCCCAUUCCUGUGGUCUGAAAUAUCUGUGUGUCCGUUUUGACGGUGAUGGAUUCAGUUCCAACGUUUAGCUCCUUCUCUGUAAUUCUCCCUUUUAAAAUAUGACAACAGCAUUAUGACUGAAAUGGACUCCUACAGAAAGAAAACUCACUGGGACUGCGUUUCACUUUUGAUUAUGGGUAAUUUCCACAUUGGUACGUUUUUCCAUCCUCAUAACUAUCAUUCAAUGACAUUUUAAACCUGUGUUAAGGUAUAGUCUUCCUCCCAGCAAACAACAACCCCAGUAUAAAGCCUUAUCAAGAGGAAGCUUAUUUUCCAAUGCUGUUAAACCCAUCAGCACAUUCAGUCUAUAGCCCACUCACGUGGCAUUAGAACAGUUGUUGCACAAAGCAGAGAAAAGUGUCAGAAAAGAUUUCAGUUCUCUGCAGAUCUCAGUAUACAUGAUGAAGGAUGAAGGCACUGGAUAAAGUAAGGGCAAAGGGCCCUGACAACAUGCAGCAAUACGACUGAAGGCACCAGCACCACAAUCUGCCAAAGCCCUAAGCAAUUUGUACAUUGGAAUCUAAUUGACAAAUGGCAGCACAGACCGAAUGAUCUGCCCUUUCAAUGUCCUGUCAAUCAUUAACAAAGUGAUGUUGCUAUCAAACAACACUAGCUCAACAAAAAGUUGCUCUCUGAUGCUCAGUCUGGGCUCUGCCAAGCCCACACAGUUCCUGGCUUCGUGGCAGCUUUGAUCCAAACACGGUCCAAAAAGAUGAACUGCACAGGUGAUGUGAGAGAGAUUGCACUUGGCAUCAAGGGCCCACUCCUCAGUACCAGUGAGACAGGAUUUGGAACAACCCUGAUGCAGCAAGAUCAGCGGGUUGCAUUUAGUUCCAGGACAUGAACGGAAACGAAACACGUUAUGCUCGAAUGGACAAAGAAUGCCUGGCCACUGUCUUUGCUUGUGAACAUUUUCAUCAAUACCUACUUCCAGGAGACAAAACAACAUUCAGAACUGACCACAAACCACUUCAAAGUAACUUUCCACAAACUGCCACUGUUUGCUUCAAAGAAUGUGACUCACAAUACAGAGGAAGCAUUUGCACAUGCUAGUCGGUUGACUGAAGCAGAUGUAAAUUGCAGACAUGCUGUUAGCAGCAGCUUCCCAGUGAAGACAAUACAGGAUACUGGAAUCAUAAAGCUGCUGCUACCCAUAGGCUCCCAUAUCUAUGUGAAUAGACUCUAUGGUCCAAGUCAUCCACACUGACCAAAUAUUCCAAUUUGGAUUAGAGUGGUGCCAGAAAAGCUCAGCAGUUCAGGCAGGAUCGUCCUCCUCCUCGGAUGCUGUCUGAACUGCUGUGCUUUUCCGGCACACUCUAAUCCAGAAUCUGGUUUCCAGCAUCUGCAGUCAUUGAUUUUUCCAAAUACUCCAAUCUAGCCUAGUCCCAUUUUCCAAAAUUUGGCAUAUCCUCUAAACCCUUUCAACUCAUAUCCCCACCCAUAUGCCUUUUAAAUGUUGUAAUUGUGCCAGACUCCACCACUUCCUUUGGCAUCUCAUUCCAGACACGUUCCACCCUCUGCAUGAAAAAAUAACCCUCAGGGCCUUUUUAAGUCUUUCCCCUCACCUUAAACCAUAUUGUUAUAAACUGUAAUCUAUUGUCACUGACGGACACAAUUCAUAAAAGAAACCCUUCCACUGACAACUUUGUAUUUCCAAGGUUCAUGUUGUGCUAAAGCUGACACACUCACCUCUACGACCAUAUUGCUCACUUACCCUCUGCCAGUUCCCCCAUGGGUCCCAGCUGCUGAGAUACUAUAAGACAGGAGGACCAGUGAUUGCGAAGACGACUAUAACAAAAUAUCCUCAAGGUCCAAGAUUCCUUUGUUCUGAAUCAAUCCUCCCUUUUUCAACACAUUAAACAAAAGGCAAGUUUAUUUUCAAUCAAGCUCAUGUUCUGCAUCUUUUUUUUAUGGCAUUACCAUAUCAUUGGAGUUCAGCUUAUGUUAACAUUUGUAUCAGAAAGUGUUCUCAUUUAAAUGCUGUAUUAUCAAUAAAUAAUUGAUUAUCAUUUUGGAAACUGUUAAUAAAGUUAUUGUUCAAAGGGUUCAAA